AUGAAAGAAGACAAGGAUAUCAGUCCACUUGAUGGGGAUAUGCUUGAUAUCGUAUCUAAGAAACUGGUAAGUUUUGACGAUCUCUUCAAUUUUUCGGCGGUUUGCAAGGAGUGGAGGGCAGUGCAUAAAAUUUAUUGGAGAAAAUUCCUAGAAUCACAAUCACCGCUGAUUGUGCAAACUACUAGGAAUGCAAAAAGGUUUUACUCGUUUUAUAGUAUACCGGAAAAACGAGCUUACAGCUCUAAGUUGAGUUACUUUAGGGGUAAGUCCUAUUGUGGUUCGUCUAGUGGAUAUCUGGUCAUGGCAGGUGCCAACAAUAUACUUCAAUUAAUGAAUCCAUUUACAAGAAAACAGAAGAUAAUUGAUAUAUCAGUAGUUAGAAAGGAUUUGACAUAUUUUGCUUGUCGUGUAUUACUUGCUUUUACCAGAGACUCUGAUGAAUUUGUCCUAGUGGCUUCAUGCAAACGUUUCCUGGCUGAAAUAGGGGUACUUAGUCUGAACUCUGAAAGUUUGAAAUUUCUAAAACUGAAGAAUACCCCCAAUGUACCUUCCUGGUCGUAUAGUUUACUUAGUUGUGAUGCGGAGCUUCUUGUGGUUGACUUUGUACCAAAUAAAGUAUUGGAUGUCUACAGGAUAGACUGGGAAACAAUGAGUUAUGUUAAGUUACAAACUUUGGGUGAGCGCGCAUUAUUUCAUUCACCUUACAAAUGCUAUGCGCUAGCAAACCCGGGUAAGUGGGGAUUUGAAAGCAACCGUGUGUAUUCCAUUGAUUGGGAUUCCAUUGAUCGGGAUUCUGCAGAAUGUGAAGUGUAUUCAGGAAGUAAUAAUGAACUGGUGGAAUGCAUUAUGCUUGCUGGUAGUAGUCGUGAAGUUCGUAGUAGAUCAACACCUUAUUGGCUGGAUUGGUGUUUUCGAAAUCAACAUGAUGAAGUUGAUUAUUCUCUGGUUGAGUAG